CGCUGCUCAACGUCGAUGAGAAAAAGCCAGCUUCAGUGGCAUUGCUGCUUGAUACCGUUCCCUUGAACUUAGUGCUGGGUUUUUCUUGGAACAUACAUAAUCUCACUCGACGUAUCUUGUAUUUCGACCCUCAUCUGAUCAUCUUAUUCGGGUUUGGCAGAGACCGCGGAACGAAAUCAAAAGAUUAUCGCGAAUACAAGCUCUCCUGAACUACAGAAGGAUUACAAAGAUUAGAGCUUGGAACAUAUACGGUGUGCACAGAAGCUAGGAAAACGGUUUCGAAGGAUAAUCGGUAAUUUGGCCUUUGAACAUAAAUUGGAAUAGCUUGCACCGAGAAGGAUGGAAGCGAACAAACCGCGUCGGCCGUUACCUGUUCCUGGUGUUCGGUCGAGCUCACCUGGUCAAACGACGCAGAGGCCUAGUACACCGACAUCUGCUCCGGCAGAAAGACCAGGUAUACAGACACUAGCCUCGACGCUACCCCUGCGACCAGGUACACCUACAUUAGCUCCUAUUCCUCCAAAACCGACUACAGUUCCCCCGUCUUCGUUUUACGCUGAUCCCAAGAAGCAGGACGCUACUUUUCCUCCGCGCAAUAAAACAUUACACGAAUUAUUAGAGGUACCGGAACAGUCGCAGAAAUCGUCAAAACCAGGGCAGGUGGAAGUGAGACCCCCAGGCGUUGGAUCAUCUUCAACGACGUUUACUAAUACACCAAUAUCUGAAGACUAUCGUCCGCCAGAGCUCAUACCUGAGGAUGAUGAGCCGACACCACGCUUCGUACACGCCAUCUCCGAUGUUCUUUCCGAUGAUGCUAACCCUGAUUUAACCUCGAACCCUUGGUCCAAUAAGGGCAAACUAGGGAAUCAGUGGGGAAACCAAUCUGGUGCCACUGCUUACGGAUGGGGGGAUGAGCCCGCAGGUUCAGGAUGGGAUAACGAAGGGUCGAGUGACGCUGCUGCAUGGGGUAUCACUGAUUACGCCACGAACACUAUAACCACCUCGAUAGCGCCCCAAAUUCCGAUUAGCUCUCGCCAUGAUAACGAUGAACUGCAUUGGUGGAAUCGCGAAUAUAUCUCCAGCAGGGGCUAUCCAGGAAAGGGUGCACUUCCGGUGUUGAUGGCAGAGAGUGUAGAGGCCGGGAUCCAAAGGUUACUCGGGAAACGUGUUGGAAGCAAAGGCUUGUACAAGGUGGAGAUUACUCCUCCGGAUAUUGUGCCAAUUGAGCAUAAGGAAGGCAAUGUCGAUCCUCCUGCUCCUCAAAUUUCGCCAUCACUUGUCCGAACCGCAUCCAACUCAUCACUUGAUCCUUCGUCCCACACCCCGCAUCGUCCAAAGUCACCUCGACCGCGUCCUCCUCACGUUCCUCCUUCUGCGCUUGAAGUCAAUCUAGCAGGAAAGCCUCACCCAGACGCGUAUUUCUCACCAAAAGAGAAUGCAUGGAUGAUAUUGAGCUGGCGUGAUACCUCCUCCUCAACAUCGAUAUUUGGUGGGGACCCUCUUCCGCUUUUCAUCCCUCAAAUCCGAGCCUCCGUAUACACGUUACCCAGGGAAGAAUGCAGGAUGCAGGGUAACGGUAUGGGUAUCAAUUGUUUAGCUUAUACAACGGGGUCCGGAGAAGGUCAUAGAGACCGACAACCUCAUGACUUGACACAUCACUUUCAUAAAUACCCUAAAUCCAUCGAUGGGAGGACCUUGGAUCCACCGGUGAGGCAUUGGAAGGAUGAUUUUCCUGUUGGCGAAUCAAUUGGAGGAGAUGGCUCGAUGGAUGUGGAUAACCCCACAGGUUCCAAGUCUACAGCAAAACCUACGCUUGAUCAGCCACUAUUAUUAGAUUCAUACGUAUGCUGUCAAUGCUCCUUCUUCCUCGUCGUGUCGUCUCCUUCUCAUUUGUCCUCAACAAAAUCUGGAACUGACCAAAUUCCAAACGUAAUACCAGGCGUCAUUCCUCUCCAGACAUGGAACGCAUAUGUCAACGACAGACUAGAGAACCCGAACCCCAGUAUGAGCAAAGAACAGACCCUUCUGGGCGGGUUGGAGACGUUGUUGAUCAUAAUCCAAAAUCACCUCUGGAAGGGCGAGAACCGGAACAUUAAAGUGAACGGAAAGGGGUUCUCGAGAAGGCUAGGUUGGGGAGAAUGGAUUCAAUCAAUCCUCCAAAGCCUCUCCUUCCAUCCCGAGACACACAAGAAUCCCGCAAAUCCGCAGAUAAUCGAUAUUUUUCUCCGGGGUCCGGUCAUUACCCCUACGACGAGUGAAGGGAGGUUAAACCGGCGGAGGUUAAUACGCGCUUGGGUAGAGAUUAGCUCGUGGAUCGCGGAGUGGAAGGAGAGGGAUGGGGUUGGGCGUGCAUUGGCCUCAAGUUAUAAAGAGCAUGAUUUGUGGGUUAAGCUCAACCCUGGCGGGGCGAAUGUCAGAGAGAUGUACCAGAGAGCUGUUGGUGCUCAUGUUGAACAAAUUCCCCGCUUAGAUCUUCCCGCCACAGUUAUCAACGAGCUUCGAUCCAGAGAGGUCGCAGAUAAAUUCAGCAUCCUAGGUCUCACCCCGACAGCUUGGAGCACCGAUCUCUUGUGCUUCGCGUAUCUUGCGCAAAUUCGCUGUGAUCCUGCCCAUACACCGACGUAUUUCGGUGCACUACAGGUCAUUAUGAACGCGUUGGUGCAGUUGUCGAGCAUACCGGAAUAUGGAUCUGUUUUCAUGAACACUACGAAUGAAGACAAUAAUGGUAACACAACGUCGACGAUAAACCGUGCUUUGAUAACAUCACCUUCAUCUUCUUCCACCUCUUCGAUCAAUUUAGAACUUAUCACCAACCUAUACAUCCAUGAAGAUACUCGUGGACGGUGGUCAGAGGUUUCUCUUGCCAAUGCUAUUGAGGCGUUGGGAUUCACUUACACUUCUGCGUUGAGAGAGGGCAGGUGUGGCUGGUUGAACAUGGAGUGGGAUGGGGAUCUGGUCAAGAAUCAAGCUUAUUGUGGGGAUGCAUAUGGUCACAAUCGCGGCAGUAUAUAUGGAUGGGACGUCGACAAUCCCGAAGAUGAACGCGAUAGACUUAUCUGGGAGACGGAUGAUUAUUACACCAGCGAAGAGUUGGUGACUCUUAUUCCUGACGAAUUCAUUGUCAAUGCAUGGAGGGAGUGUUUCAAACGAGACUCCAACUCUGCUUCAGGUGGUGAUAUUGAAAUGGACCUGUAUGAGGGGAAAAAUAGUGCGAAGGGGCGCAAUAACUACACAGAUGCUCUAAGGAUCGUAGCAGAGAGUCGGGGAAGUAUUGAACUGAUGGAUAUGUGGCAUAAGGUUCAAAGGGGAUCUGACGGUGUUGGGUACGGAGAAGGCAUUAACAAGAGCGGAGGAUAUAGUAGUGAUGGACUAGUAUUGACCAUUGAGGGUGCCUACACAGCUCUGGAAGUACCCGCAGAUAUAGAUGAUGCGAUGCUAAUUACUAUCUAUCAGAUGCGGAUUGAAGACUCGCCCGCGCAACUGCAGAAAAUGCAGCUAGCCCUCAAGAUGAUAUCGGAAGCUAGGGAUAGCCAGAGACUGAGAGAGUUUGCAAGGACGAUGAGGGAUCCUGGCGAACUACUUGCCCCAACACGCGCUGACUGGCCUCGAGGUCUCAAUCAACUUGGAAAUACAUGUUAUCUCAAUUCGUUGCUACAGUACUUUUACACUAUCAAAGAACUCCGCUCUUCAAUCAUUGCUAUGGGAAGUAUGACUGGGAUGAGUACCGCUGGCAAUGAUACCGGUAGUGAAGAGAAGGAGAAGGCUAUUUCCACAUCUUUCGAAACGCCUUUAGACCAUCAUGAUGCCUCUAAUCCGAUGAAGGCAUCUUUGAAAGUCAAAUUACUCGAAGAAGUUACGGAUGACGAUCUGAAGAAGCAUCGGGUCGGAGGAAGGCUGGUUACGAGGAGAGAGAUUGUUAGGUCAAAGCAAUUCGUCUCCCACCUCGCAGACCUUUUCCACAAACUGGAGUACGCCGACAAUCCUUCUGUCACUCCAUCGAUCGAUCUAGCGAAGCUAGCAUUAGUCACAUCAAAAGAUGAGGAAGAGGAAGUAGAGGAUGAAUCGAAUAAAGCCGACUCGCAGUCUCAUAAAGCUGGAACGGAUUCUUCUCAGGAUACAGAUGUAACGUUAGUCGAUGAUUUACCUCCUCGUCCGACACAUCCUCUUCCCACGUAUCAUUCAACUUCUAACUCAUCUUCUUCCGCGACCGAACGUCCACAUCGAACAACUUCUCCAAUAUCAGUAUCUUCCUCUUCAACCUCACUUUAUACCCCUCCUGAUCAGUCUCAUUCCCCACCAAGCCCCACUCGAUCGCCUUCCUCUGUAUUGGGUAAACGUCUGCGAGGUGCCGGUGGUGCAGGACUUUCAAGAGAGGACACAGAGCUAAUAGAUGAUCGCUCGAUACGCGCCUCGUCGUCGGCUUCGCCGCCACCUUCGUCUGUAGCUUCCUUCGGAUCAGUUUCAAGAGAGAGCUCAGGAGUGUCUGAAGGACCGCCACCUUUGGUAUCUGUCUCCGAGCUAAGACAAGCGGCGGCAAGUAAUUCGGAAGAUGUGGUAAUGUGUGACGCGUCCCCCGUUCGGGAACCACGAGGAUUACCCAAACCACCGCAAAACCCACCGCCACUUCCUCCAAGAAGACCAGCACCGCCAGUGCACAAUGACUCUGUCAUGAUGUUUGGAAAACAACACGAUGUCGCAGAAUGCAUGGAUAACUGCAUGUUCCAGAUCGAGACUGCUUUGCUCAAGUUCCAUGGCGAAGGUGGUGAAGUGGAUGAGGAAGCCCUGGAUGAUCCUGGAAAAACGAGUGUUGUUAAGCGACUCUUCUAUGGAAAAAUCCGUCAAACCUUCAUCGAAACGCUCAAGGGUGAACCAACAAAACACGAGAAAGAGGACUUGUUUUCGCACUUGCCAGUUAAUGUUGGAGAUGAAGUUGACCUGGUUGACCGUAGUCCUUCUCCUCCUUACGACGUCGCGGUUUCCCCCGCCACUGAUGGCUCUUCGAAAGACCUUCAAGAAUUUUCGACUUUUGACAUCUACGAUGGGUUAGGCAGGUAUUUCGAUGACACGAUCGAGUAUGAAGGGCAGAAGGUACCGAUGGAGGUGGGCUUGGUGAAGCUUCCGCCAUUAUUGCAGGUUCAGCUCCAGCGUGUACAAUUCAAUCGCGAACUCUUGCAAUCCUGGAAAUCUCAAGCCUAUGUCAAGUUUGGUGAAACGUUGUAUAUGGAUCGUUUCAUGGACACUGCGAAUCCAGAGAAAAGAAAAAGGUCGAAGGAGGUCCAGGACGAGUUGAAUACAUGCCGGGAACGGUUAAAGUUAUUGACAAAGGGGAAGUCGAAUAACAUCUCCUUUUCCGAUGCUCUCCAAACAUCCUCGACCUUCUUCUCCUCCGCGAACGUACUUCUCUCCUCCAUCUCCAUCCCAGUCGCUCCCCAACUGUCGGCUAUCUCCUCUGAGACAACAUAUCUCCAGAACGAAAUCCAUCGCCUCCGCACCAGAAUCCCUCAACUAAAAGCCCAACUCGAGUAUCUUUGGGCCGAUAGCAAACAGGUCGAGUAUGAGCUUACCUCUGUUUUCAUUCAUCGAGGCUCAAGUCCAAGUUUCGGUCAUUAUUUCUUCUAUUCGAGAAAUUUACCGGAGAAACCUAAUGUGUGGUUCAAGUAUAAUGACGAAGAGGUUACGGAGGUCGGGAAGGAGGAGGUGUUCCGGGAUACGACAGGGGAAACGGCCAAUCCAUAUUUGCUCGUCUUCGCACGAAAAGGUUCACAGGUUGUCGAGACCGUGAACAGGUUUAAUCCUACAAUUUUGGAUGAUAUUGCUCCUACGAGUUGAUCCCAUAUACUAGUAUUAGUCUCUAUUUUUUUUCUUCCACGACCUACUACGUAGUGCACCCACAUACUUUCAUAUGCCUGCGCCGCCGCAUUUGUAUCUUCUCAUACCUGAGGUCUACUUUACGACGACUUUUCUUCGCUAUUUGAGCAUUCAGAGCAUUGUAUAAUUCUCAUCUGCAUCUACUUUUUUGAUUUUUUCUCUGUACUUGCUCAAUGCUGGGACUCUCAUGCCCUGUAUUUUUAUCAAGCGGUCUCUGCUCACUUAAGUCUACCGCUCGCACCAGUUGCCCAAGAGAUUUGUCAUUUUUUUCUGAAUUAACAUAGAG